AUGGGUACAGAUGCAUCAUCAUCAUCAUCAUCAUCAUCAUCAUCAUCAUCAUCAUCAUCAUCAUCAUCAUCAUCAUCAUCAUCAUCAUCAUCAUCAUCAUCAUCAUCAUCAUCAUCAUCAUCAUCAUCAUCAUCAUCAUCAUCAUCAUCAUCAUCAUCAUCAUCAUCAUCAUCAUCAUCAUCAUCAUCAUCAUCAUCAUCAUCAUCAUCAUCAUCAUCAUCAUCAUCAUCAUCAUCAUCAUCAUCAUCAUCAUCAUCAUCAUCAUCAUCAUCAUCAUCAUCAUCAUCAUCAUCAUCAUCAUCAUCAUCAUCAUCAUCAUCAUCAUCAUCAUCAUCAUCAUCAUCAUCAUCAUCAUCAUCAUCAUCAUCAUCAUCAUCAUCAUCAUCAUCAUCAUCAUCAUCAUCAUCAUCAUCAUCAUCAUCAUCAUCAUCAUCAUCAUCAUCAUCAUCAUCAUCAUCAUCAUCAUCAUCAUCAUCAUCAUCAUCAUCAUCAUCAUCAUCAUCAUCAUCAUCAUCAUCAUCAUCAUCAUCAUCAUCAUCAUCAUCAUCAUCAUCAUCAUCAUCAUCAUCAUCAUCAUCAUCAUCAUCAUCAUCAUCAUCAUCAUCAUCAUCAUCAUCAUCAUCAUCAUCAUCAUCAUCAUCAUCAUCAUCAUCAUCAUCAUCAUCAUCAUCAUCAUCAUCAUCAUCAUCAUCAUCAUCAUCAUCAUCAUCAUCAUCAUCAUCAUCAUCAUCAUCAUCAUCAUCAUCAUCAUCAUCAUCAUCAUCAUCAUCAUCAUCAUCAUCAUCAUCAUCAUCAUCAUCAUCAUCAUCAUCAUCAUCAUCAUCAUCAUCAUCAUCAUCAUCAUCAUCAUCAUCAUCAUCAUCAUCAUCAUCAUCAUCAUCAUCAUCAUCAUCAUCAUCAUCAUCAUCAUCAUGCAAGCACUAA